CCGCACUAUUUUUGUCCUCCGGUCUCCGCCAUUGCUGCCAUAUUAUGAACAUCUUUCAGCAGUCGUGAGCCGUCAAUUUCACACCUUUAACACAUUUUUUUGUAUGUAACGUGUGGUUUUUGCCGCCAGGAAAGCCUCCUCACUACAUAUACUCAACAGUUAGCUCACUUCUGUAGAAAUUUCAUAACGUUAUCGGAGACAAUAAGUUACAUUUGUAAAGUAGGCGGUUGCUACGACGCGUUCAGGGUCUCCUUUCCCUGCUGGUAAUUAGUUCUCACCCCGGGGUUAUUUGUAGUGUCUUUAAAGAUGUCACUACACGGUAAGCGUAAAGAAAUCUACAAAUACGAGGCACCGUGGACGGUUUACGCCAUGAACUGGACCGUCCGACCGGACAAACGCUUCCGCCUGGCGCUCGGUAGCUUUGUGGAGGAGUACAAUAACAAGGUUCAGAUAGUCGGUCUGGAGGAGGACAGCUCAGAGUUCGUGUGCCGAAACACUUUCGACCAUCCCUACCCCACCACCAAGAUCAUGUGGAUUCCUGACACCAAAGGAGCGUACCCUGACCUGCUGGCCACCAGCGGAGACUACCUGAGAAUUUGGAGGGUCAGUGAUACAGAGACCCGCCUGGAGUGCCUGCUGAACAAUAACAAGAACUCUGACUUCUGUGCACCGCUCACAUCCUUCGACUGGAACGAGGUGGAUCCAAACUUGUUAGGUACUUCCAGUAUUGACACCACCUGUACGAUCUGGGGACUGGAGACUGGACAGGUGCUGGGAAGGGUCAAUUUAGUGUCAGGUCAUGUCAAGACGCAGCUAAUCGCCCAUGACAAAGAGGUGUACGACAUCUCUUUCAGCCGUGCAGGUGGCGGCAGGGACAUGUUUGCCUCGGUUGGAGCAGACGGCUCAGUCCGCAUGUUUGACCUCCGUCACCUGGAACACAGCACUAUCAUCUAUGAGGACCCCCAGCACCACCCACUGCUCCGACUCUGCUGGAACAAACAGGACCCCAACUACCUGGCCACCAUGGCGAUGGACAGCAUGGAGGUGGUGAUCUUAGAUGUACGUGUGCCCUGUACUCCAGUGGCCAGACUCAACAACCACAGGGCCUGUGUCAAUGGCAUCGCCUGGGCGCCACAUUCCUCCUGUCACAUCUGUACAGCAGCGGACGACCACCAGGCUCUAAUCUGGGACAUCCAGCAGAUGCCGCGGGCCAUUGAGGACCCUAUACUGGCCUACACAGCCGAGGGAGAGAUCAAUAACGUACAGUGGGCCUCCACCCAGCCUGAUUGGAUCGCUAUCUGCUACAACAACUGCCUGGAAAUCCUCAGAGUCUGAGCUACAGAUGUGAAGAAAUGAGGCAUAAAAUGUUCUCAGUGGGAUUUACAAGGUGACAUGAAGUUACUGAAGGAAAUAUUUUGUUUACCAAGGACAAAGCAACAUGUUUGUGUUGGCUUCAUGUUGAUAUAGAUGAUGUGUGUAAAGCUUUUAUCAGCUGAGUUUCAUUACUUGACUUUGUGAUACAACAAUACCCAGUUGUUGAAUCAGAAAACUUGAACGAGCACCAAAACAAAAACCUCAAGUAACCAAAAGAUUAUUGUCAUAUACAGAUGUAAAUCAAGGUUCGGUACCCUUCAAGCUUUCAGCAUGUUGUCUCUAAUAUGCUAGUCAGUUACAUCAUUUUAUAUAUUACAGUGUGCAUUUUAUCUUGUAGUUUACGCCAUUACAUCAUCAUCAUUCUCAUCAUCAUAUUCAUUUUUUGAUGCAGCAAAAAUGGAGUUUAGCCAUAUUUAAAAGUGGAUUGAAUGUGGUUAAUGUGGAUUUAAGUGUGUUCAUGAAUUCAAUUGUUUUUUAUAACUUAUAAAUAUAUAUAUUUUACUCAACUGAA